ACAAAAGCGUUUGGUGACUAUAAAAGAUGGCGACCUUUUCGCCGUUUGAGAACGUCGCGUAUUCAAGCCCUAAAACACAUCUUCCAGAGGCAAAUUACUGCGUUGCUUUGAUGCAAUGCUUGAACGACUUCAGAAAGCACAAUGUUUUAUGCGAAGUAACGAUCGUUGUCAACGGUAAACCUUUUUAUGCUCAUCGUAAUGUCUUGGCUGCUGCCAGCCCCUACUUUCGUGCCAUGUUCUCCAACCAUUUCCGUGAACAAUGCGAAACUAAACCUGUAAUACUCGAAAAUAUCACAGCAGACGUGAUGGAGGAGCUGUUGAACUUCAUCUACACUGGAACUAUCAAAAUCACGCCUUUAAAUGUCCGAGAUCUUGUGUCUGCAUCGAACUACCUGUUGAUGAACAGUCUAAAAGAUGCUUGUGUCUCCUUCAUGAAGUCAAUGCUUAAUCCUUCAAAUUGUCUGGGUAUUGAGUCCGCUGCAGACCAGUUUGACUGUGAAACUCUAAGAGAAACAGCUAAUAAUUACAUCUAUAAUAAUUUUGCUACCGUGUCUCAGACGGACGAAUUUAAAAUGCUCUCGCCAGAACGACUAGAACAGUUUCUUAUUAGUGAUGAUACGAAAGUUGAUCGAGAAGAGUAUAUAUUUGAAGCACUCUUAACCUGGCUCAAACAUGACGAGAAAAACCGAAAAGAAAUGUUCCCUAGGCUUGCCAAACAUGUUCGUUUUCCAUUAAUGUCGCCGUACUAUCUUGCUGAUUUUGUAGAGACUGAAGACAUCGUUCUUUCGACCCCUGAAUGUACCCCUCUCUUACUUGAAGCAAAGAACUAUCACAUGUUACCAGACAGAAGACACCUUAUCAAGGGUAGUCGGACUAAACCUAGGAGAUCUAUGGGUCUCAUGAAGGUUAUUUUUGCUGCUGGUGGGAUUCAGGGGUCGUCAGUGAUGAAGAAUACAUUUUGUUUUGUGCCUAAGACAAAUAAGUGGUACCCCCUUGCACCCAUGAAUGUAGCCAGAUGCCGACAUGGGCUAGCACUUACAGGUGAUAUGGUGUAUGCAGUAGGGGGACAGUCUAGAGAAGGUGCAGCUCAAAGUUCACUGAGUUCAGCUGAGCGUUAUGACCCAAGGACUAAUACAUGGACCAUGGUUGCAUCUAUGAAUAUAAGGCGCAGUCUCUUGAAUGUUGCUGUGCUUGAUGGUCGCUUGUAUGCUGUUGGAGGAUGUGACGAGAAUAACUUCCGAUUAAAUAGUGUUGAGAACUAUGACCCUGUGACGGAUAAUUGGCAGUAUAUUGCACCCAUGAGUACUUGUCGAAGCAGUCCAUGUGUGAUGGCAACUGGAAGGGCACUUUAUGUUGUUGGUGGUGUAAAUUAUGUUGGCAUGUCUUUGAAUUCUGGAGAAUGCUUCGACCCGAUGACAAACACAUGGGUGUCAAUCAAUCCGAUGCAACAGAAACGAGCUAGUGCUUGUGGCGCAGUAUGCAAUGGGAAGAUUUUUGUCAUAGGUGGAUGGGAUGGAUCAAAUCAUUUGAACUCUGGCGAGAUGUAUGAACCAGAGAUCGACCAAUGGACGUCAAUAGCUCGAGCAAGCACAGCAAGAUGGGAUGCUGCCAUUGCUGUAGAGAGUGAUAAAAUCUUCGUCAUUGGAGGAUGUGAUCGAAACUCACUAUGCACCCUGGAAACAGAAUGUUACGACCCCGAAAAGAAAAAGUGGAGUAAAGUAGCUCCACUUCCAGUGGCAACUCAUGGUAUUAAAUGUUCAACAAUUCAAGUACCUAAUAAAUUAAUUCCAGGAAUUUGAUUACUAUAUGAUAUUUAUAAUACAAACAAACUCAUUAUUAUGCAUGAUAGUUAACAUGAGACAGUAUUUCAAUUCUUGGCUGUCAUUACUCACUCAGCAUAAACUAUAAUUUUACAUUGAGCAUUGUUAUCAGGCUUUAGUGGACACAGUCUUCAAUUAAUGUGUGAAAGCCAUUUCUGUGUGGAUCAGGUUAGACUUGAUGUGGUUGUGAACAAUUAACGAAUUGGAGGUAUAUUCAGUGCUUUCCAUUAUUGACAAGUGGGAGCUUCUCUAUUCCUACUGAAUUAAAAUGUUCCAUGAUCUGUAAAUGUACCUUGUGUAUGAUGACUUCUCAGUCAUUUUCAUUUAGUUACGAACAGCUUGUGAUUGUAUUUUACAGAAAAUAUUUUCUUUCAAGUAUUUGAUUUCUUUACUUUAAAUAUUAAUUAAGUGACAAGGCAGCUUUUUUAAGCUUCCACAUAAAGAGGGGACUAUAUCACAAUGAUAGAAACUAAAACCACUGACAGAAACAUAAUUUUAACAUUUAAAAAUGUAUUUCCUGGUGAGACUGUCAGUUUUCAUGGUAACCUUGUUACCAUAAUUACCAUGUAUAAUUAAGUUGCACUUAAGAAUUCAAUAGAGUAGGGUACUUUUUAUGACAUCAACAUUUUGUUGCAAAAUGAAGUAUAAAGUUAUAAACAAAUUUGUUAAAUUUUAAGCCUGAGCAUAAUGUGUUUAAGGGUUUUAUUAAUCUAUUUGCACUGUGAUGAUACUGCACUAUAGGAAAAUUUUAAAUUAUUGAUAUAACGUAAGACUGAAAAGUUUUGAAACAGUCUAUCUAAGUAUACAAUACUUAUCUCAUUUAUUCAUGCAACCUAUCAGUUAUAGGACAGUCAUAUGCAUUGCUGUCCAGGCCAAAAGCAGUAAGCAAAAUGCCGAUAACCAAAAUGAAUGCUUUGCAAAAGGGAUUAUCUUAAAAUUUUCAUCAGACUUAUUUCUAUAUAGAACAACAUACAGACUAUGCACAUGUUCAUACAUGUGCAUGUUCAAAUAUCACACUUGGUUCCCUUAGAAGGGAUACCCUCUUCCCUGAGCUACCCUGGACAAGCUCACUUUCCCUAAUUUCUUUGUAAAUUCAUCGCCACCGUUUACAUGAGAUAUUUAACUUGGCCUUGGCUAGAAGGGCCACCCUACUGGUAGGGUUACCCUCUUUGCAAAAGAGGGUGGCCCUUUUAGUCGGGACAACUAUUCCCAAGGUAAACAAAGACUACUUUUUUGUUUGAGCAUAAUUUAACCAAUAGUUGUCCCGGUUUUAUAGGGACAACUUUGUUCCAUAUAAACGCUUGGUAUAGUUGGCUUGAGUAGGAGGGUGUCCCUGAUAGCUACCAGGGACAAGUUUUCUCCAUGUAAACGGCCCCUUAGUUCUAUAGGAAUCUGACUGAAUAUAUUACAAGACACUAGUCCUGGAGCAUUCUUUUUCAUCAUCAGCAUUUUGUUUGCUGCUUUCAGCCCAGACUAAAGAUUAUUGGAAUAUAUAGUUGUAUCUUAUCUUUUACUCACUCAAAUAGAAGACAUGAUUUUUAUGGCAAAGAAUCCUGACAUUUGCCAAGUUUAAAAUCAAAUUCAAAAUGACUAAUUUUAUGCUUGAUGCAUCAAUGGAAAGUGGACAAAGCAAAUAAUUAUGCAAUUGUUAUAAAUAUUGAAAGCAUUUGUGCAGACACUCAAACCAUGAUAGUUAUGAAAAAAUGUCAAAAAGACCUUGAAGAGUUCAUGGCUUGAGCCCAGCACUGUAAGUUUCUAUGUUCAUAUAUUCUUACUUGAUUGAAAAAUAAAAUAACUGUGAUUUGAA